AUGGGCCGCGACCGCUCGGAGUCUACGCCCCAAAAGCGUGAAAAAGUCUACGUGGCCACUCACAAGGCGGCCUGCCCCAACGGCUCAGACUGCAACUACUGCCACCUGAGGCAUCCGCAACGCCGCGCCACCUUCGACAAACGCCAGCGCGAGUUCUUCCGGUCUUUGGAAGAAGGCGACCUCCUGUCUGUCAUCCUUCCUCACCUGAAGACGAAGGCCGCUAGCAUGCCCCCCUCGGCGCAGAAGGUCCUGGGCCUCCUCAGCGCACGCUGCCUCGCAGCGCGCCAGGGUUCCUCUGCCCAGGUGGAGCUUCCUGAGAACUUGAAUGCCGUCCUGGAGCACAUGAACUUCGCCUGGUUGGUCACCCUCGCGCCCUGCAAGGACGAGCCCGAGGUCGCUGAAGCCAUGGAGGCGCUGCGCAGCGACUGCGUGCGUGCCACGCGCGAAGAGGAUCCCUGGGUGGUCUUGGGAGUUCCCAAGUCUGCAGAUGCUGGAGAGGUGCGGAGGGCCUUUCGAGCACGCGUGCGAGGCGCCCACCCGGACCUCGGAGGCGACCCGGAGAGGUUUCGGUCGCUGAACAAAGCCUACGAUCGGGCGAUGGCAAAACUGGAGGGACGCGAACUGCCUCCCGAACCGGCAGCAGAGGCGGCGCCGCCAGCAGUGAAGGUCCCGACGCCAACACCCACGGAGAAGCCGAGAAAGAGCCCCAGCACCCUGGAGGACUUCCGCUCCUGGCGACAGCAGCAACAGUUCCGGCGCGACAGUCGCCGCCGUGUGGAGAACGAGCAGCGGCGGCACCGGCGGGGAGUUUCGUUGAGGAGGCAGGCGGAUGAGCGGGCUGCGCAGCAGUACCAAUUCCAGGUGGAGCGUGCUUUGGAGGAGGUGGAAACACCGGAAGAGCGCGCCAUGUGGGAACGAGAGGCGGAGAUGGACCUCAUACGGCCGCAGAUGAUGGCCGCCCGACAGCGGCAAGCCCGCCGCCGCGAACUGCAGAAUCGGCCCUACUGGGAGAGGCAGAAGUGGGUAGGUCGGAGAUCCUCAUCUGCCCCCGAAGCUCGCGGCGAGAGGAGGCCAGCGGUGAGAUCGCACGCCCGCGGCGAAAGGCGCCAGCGCUCGAGCCGCGAGCCGCCGCCGGGCUGGGAGGUGGAUGCGCACGUGGGAAACCGCACAGUGAAUCUGCCCGAUGGGCCCACCACGGUCAAGGUUUUUCAGACGCCCGAGGGCGUGAGGUACUACGUCUCUCCUUCGACCUCGAGAAGAGUCCCCAUCCCCUGA